UCAAGCGCCUCUAUUUGCCAGUUGCUAAGGUGACAGGCUCUUGUUUACAGCUGGUCAGAUCACUUUUUGAACCAUUGACUGUUUAUAUUUUCAACGAUGGACACAAAAAUACUCCUAGAAAUUACCGGCUUAAUUAAAGAACAUACUUUCCAUGUUGCCAGAAGUAUUGCCGAGGCCCUCAAACAGAAGUUUCCGGAGGCAUUCCUCGAUCCAAAAAUUCAACCCCUAAUGGAAAUGGACUGGCACACAUAUUUGUCCCAAAAGAAAAUGGAGAUGCGUGGUGAAGUGUGGCAGUUCUCCAGCAGCCUGAUGUGCUUUGCGGACUCCGUUCUCCUCGGUAAUGAGGAGGAUCUCGCCUGCUGGGCCAAGAACCAGUGGAGUUUCUCUCUCACUCGACCACAGGCUUUCUAUAUGGCUCUCACUGAAGACUACUACACCAAGCACCUCCGCAAAACUGGGCAACAGUUUGUCUUCAUGGACAUUGAAAUAGCAGGAGAGGAUGUGGGGAAGUUAUUGUUUCAGCUUUUCUCAGAUGUUUGUCCAAAGACAUCGAAGAACUUCGAGGCUUUGUGCACAGGAGAGCGAGGUCUGUCACCGAGCGCCAUCCCACUUUGCUACAAGGGCUCUGUGUUUCAUCGUGUGGUGCCCAACGGCUGGGUCCAAGGUGGAGAUAUUUCUCCAGAAAGGAAAGGUGAUGGAGGGGAGUCAAUAUAUGGUCCAACAUUUGAAGAUGAGAGCUUUGCCAUUUCCCACAAUAGACGGGGCAUUCUCGGAAUGGCCAAUAAGGGCCCACAUAGCAAUGGAUCCCAGUUUUACAUCACCCUGCAGCCAACCCACUGGAUGGACAGGACCUAUGUUGCUUUCGGGUUUGUAACACACCUAUUUGCUUUCCCAAUGCUGCAAUAUGUCAGAUCUAUCAUACAGUUUUGCUCAGGCCUAACGUCUUUAUUUUCCAUUCUAGUCGUGUGGUUGAAGGUGUUGACGUCCUCAAGAGAUUAGAAGGAGCUGUAACUUGCAAUGAAAGACCCAAGUAUGAAUGUAGAGUUACAGAUUGUGGAGUGUUAAAGUUUUAAGUGUCUGAAUGCUUGCUUUGUAUUUCUGUUCUUGUAAUGAAGUAAACAAAUAAGAGACACAUGACUGUCAUUUGCUUCUGUUUGGUAUGUCUUUGCAAUUUUGCAUUCUGUUUACAUGACUCAGAUAAAGUAGGUUCUCUAUCUUUA